GCAGAAAGGUACAUAUUUACAACGAACGAAGGCUUGUAGGUACUACAGUCGUUAUACUUGGAGCCUGAAGCGAAGCGUCCGUCUCUGCUCAUCUCUACUGAAAUUGCACUGUGCAAAUUCUACCAGCUAUUCUCAUAGCAGCCAUGUCGUCGAGCUUGAUCAAGACACGGGUGCUGAUUAUCUCAGAUACUCACUUGGCGGCACUUGAGGAGCCCGGCACCAAUGGCCGAGUCGCGGCCUUCCAAACACCUCUGCCCGUUGCAGAUAUUUUAAUACACUGUGGAGAUUUGACUUGUUACGGAACCUUGGACGAGUUUACGGAGGCUGUUGAGAUGCUCCGCGAGAUCGAGGCCCCGGUGAAAUUGGUCAUAGCUGGAAACCACGAUUUAUCUCUCGACCGAGAAUACGUACUGGGCCAUCUAGACCGAAAGCAUAUAGAUCAGCAGCAAGGCCAGAAGACGUGGGAGCAGGCUAGACAACUCUGGACCGCACCCGACGGGCUAGCUGCGCAAGCAGGAAUCACAUUUCUCGAUGAGGGUCAUCAUCAGAUUGAUCUCCCAAAUGGUUCCCGCUUACAGGUCUACGCCUCACCAUAUACGCCAGAGUUCUGCGAUUGGGGAUUUCCGUACAGAAAGGAUGAAGACCGUUUCAACGAUCAAGCUUCCUCGCUGCUGGGCGCAAAAAACAUUGCAAUGGAAUCAGUGCGAAGUUUCUCACAUAAUGACGAACCGAUAGACAUUAUGAUCACGCAUGGUCCACCUUACGGUCGCCUCGAUCGCACAAUGCGGCGGCAACUCGUAGGAUGUCCACAUCUUCUCCGUGCUGUGAUGAGGGCUCGACCACUGAUCCAUUGCUUUGGCCAUAUCCACGAGGCGUCAGGUGCUCAGAUCGUACAGUGGUCAAACGAAGCCGACCAAAUUGCCAGCAAACAGUCGACGAUCAAGGCUUGGAUUGAUGGCGACUGGAAGGGUGGCAUAGCAGAUGACGGAAACGCGAUCAGGACUCUGACGCCUGACUUGGAUCUGGCCAAGAGCCACCACGCCGUGCACAUCAAUAUAUUCGAUGCCGGCGAGGAUCAUGUCAAGCGAGGACAAGACACAAUGCUGGUCAACGCUGCCAUCAUGAAUUUAGGCGGCCGCCCGCUGAACCCACCUUGGCUUAUUGAUGUGCCAUUACGGACAGCCUCUUGAUUCUAGUCACCAGUCAAGGCUGAAAUCUGUUCCUCAAAACAUAAGAUGAGUCGCGUGUCUAUGUGUCAACUUGUGAAGUAUUGGUAGCGUGAUUGAUCGAUGCAAGGAGGGCCACGAAUCGACUUGUUGAUUUGUAGAUCAAACUCCUGACGAAAAGAAGGAACGAAGUUGUUUUCUGCAGGCAAGACGGUCCAAUGACAAGUCUUGCUCCAGGUUAUCCCUUCACCGGCAUUGCAGUAUGCAGUGUAUUGUCCGUCGCCGUGACUCGUAC